ACGAGGCGUACACCGGAUCGAGUUGACUGUCAGCUGACAGAGAUAUCUGGAAACGAGGUUAAAAGCUGACAAGUGUCUCGGAUGUCUCAGCGCGCACCUGGCUGCAAUUAUGGCUUCGCAAUUACACUUCGGCCUCCUGACAACCGUCACCUGCUUCUUUACCUUGGUGGUCCUCUCUCAUUCAAGAAAGAUUUCCACUGAUAUGAAUUGGGGGAAAAGCUGCCCCAAGAAUGUCACUUUGGCCUAUACAAAAGCUGUUGGAAAUAAAGACACUCUCCAUUAUGUAUACAGUUCUGCUGAGCUAAUGUCUCUAUUGGCCAUAAAGACUGUAAAGGAUGCUGAGCUGCAACUCAACUGUUCAGAAAUGCCUCCAUCAGUUACUCUGGAAUCACCUACAAGUGAAAUUUACUCAUAUGGCAUAAUAUUUAAUCAGAUUAUAACAUAUAAUGACACUGGUGAUAGUGCAAAUCUUUUGGAUGCAAACUUCACUGGAUGGCAAAAUUACUCCACAGGAGAUAUGAUAUGGAAAAUUUCACAAAACAAAUCUAAACCAGAUGAUAACUUGGUUGUUUUGGAAACUUUUAGGGGUAAUGGAAGCUUUCAGUUUGAUUUCCAAGUCAGUAACGAUGCUCGUCAGACGCAACUUCCUCACUUGCAAUUAAAUGAUAAUUUGACUCUCGUGGGAUUCAGCGUUGAUGGGGUUCCUGCAGAUUUUGUUAAUUCACGUUUUGCCCUCAAUACCACCUAUAUCUCUUCUUAUCAAAGCAAAUUUGACGUAAACUCAGUAAAGUCAUUAGAUGAUGAAUAUACUCCUGGUGUAUUUAAGGUCACUACUUGGUCCUCCCAUAAGAAAUCCUACCACAGUUUCAUGCAAUGGAAAGCUGUCUGCUAUUUAACAGAUGAAUAUGAACGCAAAGAUUCCACUGCGGUUCAAGUCUAUCAGUUAUGGAAUUCUACUGCUGGUGCUGUAAAUGAGAGUGUUGCUUAUAAAUUCUUCAAGAUGAGGCAUGAUAUCUCCAUGCAAAGUACUUAUAUUUCUUUUGGUUUGACAAAUGAUGCAAAAUAUUACAACACAACACAGUUUAUUUCUUGGUUUUUCAUAACUGGCUUUGGAGUGGCACCAGUAGAAAAAAUUUCUGUAACAGCAAUCAUCAUUAUUGCCGUUGGUCUUGGUCUUCCUGUGCUGCUAAUAAUCUUGGGUGGAGUCUUCCUUUGCUGGAGAAAACGAAGGAGCGACUAUACACCAGUUUAUGGAACAAUUUCAACUUAAUGAGAAAUUCUAAUUAGAACAACAAAAAAA